AUGACCCCAGCUGGCAGGCAAUUGCAACUAGACUGUCAAAGAGGUGUAUUUGGCGGAUUCCACAAACUUUGUAAGAGUUUAUUGAUUUCGGGUUGGUUACCUGAUGCCCCAGUGACCUACAACCUCUUCAAGUGCAACAACAACACUCCCACCUAUGUCUGCAAAACACCCUAUCGUGUUCUCAACGCACCAGAACUGGCAGAUGAUUUUUACCUCAACCUUGUGAAUUGGAGCAAUAUGAAUGUACUUGGUGUUGGACUAGGGAGCUGUGUAUACCUAUGGACAGCACAUAACUCACCAGUCUCAAACGAUACAGUUGGCUCCGUUUCAUGGGUCCAAAAGUGCUCUCGUCAGGAUCGCAAGACCGUAUGGUGCACCAUCGAGAUGUCCGAGAAGCCUCUCACCAUCCGUUCAAGUGUAACUUUGUUGCUACUCAUCUGGUAUUCUACUUGUUCACCAUGCAAGAGGGAGUUCAACUGCAAGAUCGUGUUCCCUGCCUAG